ACGCUAUGGUGACACACUGUUUAGUGUGCUAGCGUAGCCCGCGUGCUUAAGCCCAGCCUCAAAUUUCUCAGAACUAAUUUGCUAUUCUGAGUCCAUUCGCUGGCGUGUUAAAGCCUCCACAGCCAUACACUAUACCGAGUGUACACGGAGUUCCUAUUCACACGGACCGAGCUGUUUUAGCCUGUCGCUCUGCUCAUAUUUAGUUUUUUUUUUCUUUUUUUCUUUUUUAGAAAUACGUUCCACUUUUCGUUCCUCUUCGGUGCGGACUGCUGCUAAACAAUGAGCAGGGGUUUAUUUAUGUUUUUGGUUUGAGCAGGAUUAAGCCUAAAGGCAUUAUAUAUUUGAAAAACUGAUAUUUUUUUCCCUCACGUCUUGGAUUUUAUAAUGUACAUUCCGUGUGGUGUCUCUUGCCUGCUUUUGUCCUUGUCGAGCUAUAUGUGUCAGAAACGUGCAUGGCAUUGCUGAGCUACUGUACUAAAGCAGCUUGAGGAGCGACAGUAUCCUUGGUGGCUUGGUGGAGCUCCCAUCAGAACUGUGCCACCUGGUGGAUAGCAGGAAACUGCUUCAAUGUGCGUCUAAUCAGGCCUUGUCCAGAAGAGAGACUGCUGGAUUGUUGCUGAAGAACUGAGCCAUUGAAUUCAUUCAUCUUUAGAGUUAGUUGCUGGUGACUCAUCGCUGUCCAUCAAAGAAAAGUCCUAACCAUGUGGAGUGGCCAGAACAAUGGGAGUCAGCACGGUCAUGUGACUGCCAGAAUGGAGACCAGUUUGCCCAUGGGGACCCCAAGCAUCUCGGUAUCACAGCACCAAGCUCCUAAAAAGUUUGCUCCUGUCGUGGCACCCAAACCCAAGUUCAACCCGUACAAGUCUCCAGGGGACACUACACACGACAUUGCAGGUGAUUACCCUCCACCACCUCCACCUGUAGUGGACACCAGCGGUUUGCCGUCUUCUUCGUCCUUCCCUCCACCUCCACCGAUGGACGAGAGCUCCUUUGGAUUUCAGAUCAAAGGACCAGAGAAGACCCUGGAGGAGAGACGCUCCAGCCUGGAUGCUGAGAUCGACUCUUUGACCAGCAUCCUGGCCGAUCUGGAGAGCAGCUCACCAUAUAAGAGUCGCACGCCACAGAAUUCUGCCACCCUACCAGCGACAAGCCCCAAUGCUCCUGUUACAGGCUACAAACGCAUGGUGAUCCCCACCCAGCCACCUCUGACCGCCACCAAAAAGUCUACUCCCAAACCUCAGGCACCUCCAUCUGCUGCUCCAGCCUCCUCUCCAUCUCCUUCCUCACGGCCUCAGCAACCAGUUCCUGCCUCCUACAGCACGGCCUCUACCCCCAGCCAGCCCACGUUCAGUGUGCAGGCACGAGCAGCUCAGCCUGGCCCUCAGCAGCAGCAUCAGCAGCCUGGCCGAGCCACGUAUGCACAGGGGCAAUACACACCGGCCCAACCUCGAGGCCCUGACUUUGCCUACGGGCCUCCACAGCCAACUUUCUCCCCAUCUGGAGGGUACCAUGAGCAACACUACAGUGGAGCUCCAGCCCCUGGAGGCCAGAACACUUGGAGAGCUGAACCAAGCCACCAUGCUGCACUACCACACAAUCAGAGCUACCAGCCUCCUGCCCCAAAGAAGACCUACAUCACCGACCCUCCUGCCAGCAUGGCACCUUAUGGAGCAGGAGUAAUGGGAGCUCAGAAGGCUCCAGGUCAGUCCGCUGCUCACCCUGAGGAAGAGUUGGACAGACUGACCAAGAAGAUGCUAUACGACAUGAACCACCCACCAUCAGAGGAAUACUUCGGCCGCUGUGCGAGCUGCGGGGAGAACGUGGUUGGUGAAGGCACUGGCUGCACCGCCAUGGAUCAGGUCUUCCAUGUGGACUGCUUUGUGUGCAUGACCUGCAGCUGCAAGCUGAGAGGCAAACCCUUCUAUGCUGUGGACAAGAAGGCUUACUGUGAGCCGUGCUACAUUAACACCUUGGAGACCUGUAACAUCUGCAGUAAGCCCAUCAUGGAGCGGAUUCUGCGGGCGACGGGCAAAGCUUACCACCCGCACUGCUUUACCUGUGUGGUGUGUCACCGGAGCCUGGAUGGUAUCCCUUUCACUGUGGACGCCUCCAACCACAUCCACUGCAUCGAGGACUUCCACAAGAAGUUUGCCCCUCGUUGCUCUGUGUGUAAAGAGCCCAUAAUGCCUGCUCCUGGCCAGGAGGAGACGGUGCGCAUUGUGGCCCUGGACCGGGAUUUCCAUGUGCAGUGCUACCGCUGCGAGGAUUGUGGCUGUCUGCUCUCUGAGGGUGAUAAUCAGGGCUGUUACCCACUGGAUGGUCAUGUUCUCUGCAAGAACUGCAACACCAGCCGCAUCCAGGCCCUCACUGCCAAGGCCACCACCGACCUCUGAGUCUAUUCUCUCCUCACACACACGCGCACACACACACACACACACACACACACACACGUACACGCACUCAUAUACUCCUAACUCAUCUGAUACAAUAUGGCUGCAUUUAGAAAUAUCCUCACGCUUAAACCUUGUGCGCGCACACACACACACACACACACACACACACAAACACACAGACAAACACACAGUUCAUAAUGAUCACAUUGUACACGUCUGUUGCAGUCAGACUAAAAGCAUUUUAUCUUUGCAUCUUGUACGUAUGCUAAUAGAAAACAAACAUUUAAUAGUUGAUUGAAACUUUAAGGGUACCGUGAGUCGAAUGAUCCAGAAGGCCUUGAGAAAGGAUUACCUUACGAUAGUUAUGAUGAUGAAUUUCACAUGAUGAACUAGUACAGUGAUCUGUCAGUUAGGAAACUCCUUUGCUUUAUAUGAUUUUGUAUAUCUUCCAUAUGGCCAGGGGUCAAAGAGCAAAAUGUGAUGGGGACAAAUAUGUAGUAAAUGACAUUUGAGUCAUCUGUGUCCCCUGACGGAGUUAUUUCAGCCAUAACACUUCUAAAAAUCCAGCUCACUCGGUCGAUGUUGAGCUUUAAUAUUAUUCUGUGUCCUAAUCGUAUAUGUGCUUUGUCUUUAAAGUGAGUGAAAACAGCACCAUAAUCCACUUAGUCAUUUAGGAUUUUCUGACAAUCAGUGGCCUUGCUUUCAUCAUUCAUAUUAUAUAUGUACGUAUGUAUACAUUUGACUCACAAAAGCAUGAUACAAGGUGAUGGGGCCACACAUAUGUAUGUAUGAAUACACACACACGCGCACACACACGCACACACACACACACACACACCUAAGGGAAAAAAUGUUCUUAUUUCUUCAUAUGGCCUUAUAAACUAUAUUAAAGGGCUUUUCUGGGUUAUUAUUUGGGUGAAUAAUAUGCAAACAGAAUUUAAAUGUACAAGAUAUUGAAGCUCUAGUUCCAGGUGUAUAGAGGAGGUGAAGUUGAAUUGUAGCUGCGUAGUUGCAACACAAAUGUCAGUGCAUAGCGAGACAAAUACAUCAAUCAUACAAAAACAAUAGGAUUUGACAGUAUUUCUUGAAAAUCAGUAAAAUCUGCGAGUCUUGGCUUCAAACGACUCCCACUGGAGCGACGUUUACAUUCUUUGACGACGUGUGUAUAUAUUUACAUACUUAUGCAGUUCAUAGAGAGGUUUAUUAUAUGGAAUAGGACUGUGAACCCAAACCUAUAUAACCAAAGUCUGAGUAAUGCUGCAGUGCACUGCUGCUUCCUCCUAUUAUUCAGUAUACCGCUUUUCACUUAGCACAAUUAUUGUAUGUAUAUGCAUAUCAUGAAAGAAGGCCUUUAAUGCAGAGUAGUUGUUGUGCUUUUUGGUAUCUUUCUGAGAAAAUGAAGGCAGUAUAAAGUGCCUUUUUUUGUUAGUACAGUCCAUAGAAUGAGAAACACUGAAAUGAAAUCAGUUAUGGUGUGACAAUCAAACACAGAGCUUAAAAUGGUAUUAAAAAUAACUCAAUCGUAGAAGAUUAUAACCAGCAUAGUUUAAAAAUAAAGAAAGAAUUUCUUGUAUGCUCUUAUAAACAGCACUACGAGCAUUAUUUCUAAUAUUGUCAACUUGUGAAAUGUAGUAUUAGACCUAAAUAGCAAAGAAAGUAUUGUAAUGAUUAGGAAAAAAAAACUAGUGAUAGGAUUAAUUUCUUAGCGUUGUAAAGGAAGAAUAACAAUAUGCAAUUUCCUUUUUAUUAUUGCAUUGACACUUUAUAUAAAAUAAUAUGCAGACCUUAACUUUUUUUUACUCUUCAGGAAAUAUUUAAAUUUGAUUAAGCAAUAAGUUUUCCACACUACACCUCUCCUCCUCUGUGUGCUUUUUCUGGUCAGUUUCAUCAUCCUGCUCUUAAGGUGUUAAGAUGUAGAGAAGUGGUUGUUCUUUACUUAGCAGUGGCACAGGUGUUCUCUGUUUUCUGUUCUUGCGCUCUUUCGCUAAAAUGUAGUCCUGCUUGCAUGCUUUUAUUGUUUCUUUAUAUUUUUAACUAUUUUGCUUCAUGAGUGAGGAAAAAACAAGGGAUUUUAAGGAUUAGGCAUUAAGCAUGUAAUUGAACAUUAGGGGUAAAAUGUACCGUGUUGCUCAGGGUGGCCUUUGUUCAGUCAGGUAUUUCUAGAAUGGACCAUAAAUUUAUGCUUAAAAGUACGAGUCCUGAAUUUUCUUACACUUUUUUUUAUUUUGUUAAGGAGUCUUACUAGUGUGAUUGGGGUUAUUCCUGAGGAGGGGAUAUAACAGGAGAAAGGAAAUUUGUUAUUAUGAAUUCUUCAACAAGUUGAUCAAUUAGAAAUCUUCAUCUUUGUUUUAUGUCAAUUUUUGAUUUGUAUUUGCAAGUACUCAUUCCCACACUGUCUCUGUAUUACUUUCUCUAGCUUUAAUAAACCUUUUUGCAUAAGAGUCA